AUGACCAUUGAUAAAAUCGAGAAAGUGGCUCCAGCUGGAGUCACCCCUAGGGGCAAAGUCAUUGUCCUAAAUGGCUUCCCUGGCACGGGGAAACUGACCAUUCUCAACAACCUGCAGUCGAGGGUGGCCAGUCAGGAUACACUGGUCAUCGACAAUCACUUCAUAAUCGACCCGGUACAGAAAAUAUACCCUGAUCGAGGUCUGAAUCACUACUACCUAAGGCAGCAACUUCGCCAGGUCAUCUUUAAGGAGAUCCGAAAGAUGGCAGACCGAGGGUGUGUCGUGUUGAUGACGGCUUGUCUGGGGAACAACGAAGGAGACCGCAAAGUUUUGGAUGAGCACCUCGAUAUCGUCCGCGGGACCGAUAUCUCCAUGUUUUGGAUCAAUGUCGACUGUGAUCAGCACACCCUGGAGGAACGCCUGACGAGGCCAGAGCGAGUUCAAGGCAACAAAGCCAAGCUUACCAACGUUGAUAUACUGCGAGGCAUGACCAAGCACAGCCGGAUCAUCAUCCCUUCGGGGACACGGCAUAGACUAGAGGACAUCAGCCUCGUAACUGCCAGUUUGGAUGUGGGCGGAAGCAUAGAAGAGGCUGUGAAUAAGGUAUACAACGUCGUGGAGGGAAAACACUCAAAGCUAUAG